AUGUCUUCUACAGUUAGAUGUAAUGACUGUAUAAAUGUAAUUGAUCCACAUGAUUGGUCAAUUAAAUAUAAAAUACGUGACCCUACUGAUAAUGAUGAAGUUACUAUAAGCGCUUAUUUAGUUGUUGAAAAUAUAGCUUAUGUUUGUUAUGUAUCUGGUCUUUGUAAAAUUUUUGUUCUUCCUCGUAUGCCACAUGAAAAACCCUAUAUAAAGCAUCAAUGGAGAGUUACUGAUAAUACUUGUUAUGUAGCUUUAUUAGCACACAACAAUAAACAGCAUCUUUUAGCCAUGGGAAUGACAAAUAAUACUACAGUAGUAUGGAAUAAAAAUGGAAAUCGUGUUUACACAAUAAAAGGAGCUAUUAGAGUUACAGCUUUAAAUUUUGAACUUGAUGAUAUAUUAUAUAUUGGAUAUGAACGAGGAGAAGUUAAUAGAGUUAUACUAAAAAAAGAUUCUCAUGAUUGCAAGCUUGAAAAUGAACAUCAUAAUAUGAGAGUAACAUCUUUUUGUUUAAGUGCAGACAAAAAUAAAAUAUUUUCAACAUCAACAGAUGGGAAAUUAUCUAUUUUAAAUGUUAAAACAAAUAAAUUGAUUGAUUCAAUAGAUUUAAAAACUCCAUUAUAUGACUCUGUAAAACAUCAAAGUCAAGAUGAUGUUAUUUAUCUUGCAACAGAUAAUGGAUUACUAUAUCAGUAUGAUAUAAAAAUAAAAAAACACAUCAAAACAAUAAAUUUUGGUCAUCAUGAACCAUUAAUGGAAGUAUUAUUUAAUCCUGUAACAUCAUCAUACCUUCUUUGUACAGGUAAUAAUGAUAUUCUUGUUAUUGAUGCAAUUGGUGAUAAACUUUCAUCAAAAAGAGCAUAUGUAGGUUAUUAUGACCAAAUUUAUGGAGUUGAAUAUAUAUCCCAAGUGACAAAUUGUAUAGCUAUUUGUAGUAAUUCAAAACAUAUAAAUAUUUUUAAUGUUAAAAAUCAUUCAUCAAUCUUAGUUGAAGCACAUGAAGAUAUGGUUACAACUAUUCAUUCUCCAUCAUGGAAUGAUUUUAUUUUUGGAACAGGAUCAAAAGAUAAAAAUUUAAAAAUUUGGAAUAUGGUAUCAAGUGAUAAUGGAAUUGGUUUUUUACCAAAAUGUUUAGCAUUUGGUAGUGGUCAUACUGAUCAAAUUAGUUGUUUAAAAUUUUGUAAUUCCAAGUCAUCAUGCCAAUUUAUUGUUACAGUAUCUGGAGAUAAUACAUUAAAAUUGUGGGAUAUUACUGAAGCAGUUAAGAAUGAAAUAAAUGAUAAAGUGGUAAAUAUUAUAGCAUCUUCUACUUUGUUGGCUCACUCAAGUGAAAUAAUGUGCCUAGAUGUUAGUAGUAAUGAUACACUUUGUGUUACUGGUUCAAAAGAUAAAAAUGCCAAAUUAUGGCAUAUUAAAAGAAGUAACAUGAAACUAGGAAUAGUUGGUACUUUAAAAGGACACACAAAACCAGUGUAUAGUGUCAAAUUUUGUGAAACAUCACCUUUUGUUUGUACAGGAUGUGGAGAUCAUAAAAUUAGGAUGUUUAAUAUUAAUGAUUUAGAUUGUAUUCAGACAUUUGAUGAACAUGAAUUUGGUAUAACACAAAUUAAUUUUAUUCCAAGUCAUAAAGCUAUGAUUUCUUGUGAUACAAAUGGUGUAAUAAAAACAUGGAAUUUAAACAAAAAAAUUUGUGAAAAAACUUAUGAUAAUGAGCAUAAUGGUUUUAUUUGGACAACAUGUGUUGUACCCAGAAAACACCAACCAACUCUUAUUAUAACAGGUGGUAAUGAUGGUAAAUUUAUAAUUUGGGAAGAUUGCACAGAGGAGGAGCAACAAAUUUUUAACAUUAAAAUAGCUGAACGUGAAACAAAAGUACAAUCCAUUAGAAAUUUAAUAGAACAAAAAAAAUACAAAGACGGUUUUUUAUUUGCCAUUGAAUUAGAACAACCAUUUAUGUGUUUAAAAAUAAUUAAAUUUAUAAUUGAAGAAAAGUGCAAUGAUUUAGAGGAAAUUGUUAGUGCAUUAGACAAAACUCAGUUAGCACGUGUAUUAGACUACCUAAGUCAAUGGAUAACAACAAAAAAAUACUUUAUCGAAGCAAGUUUCACAUUAAAUAUAUUAUUACGUGAAUUAGAACCUAUUGAUGUUAUUAACAACAUUAAUUCCAAUAUAGUUAUUUCUAACUUGUCAUAUGGGAUGAGACAUCGUGAUAGAUUAAUAAAUCUACACGACAACUUUAUGCUCAUAUCAAAAACAUAUGAAGAUGGACAUGUAGAUUAA